AUGCCUUACUUCAAGACGAGCCAAGAAUGGCUCGACCAGUCCAUCGCCCUCCUUGAGGCCCGACCCGCCACCACCCGCAUCACCACAAAAUACUCGCUCAGCCCAGCGCCCUCGCGCCCCGACGACGCAGCAGCGACGGCCAAGCCCCCGCGCGGCAGCCUCGUUCUCAAGACGUACGACCCCGUCAGCGGCGUGGCCCUCAAGUACCGCACCACAAAGGCCGCAGAGGUGUCCCGCCUCGUGCACGCCUCCCUCGGCCGCCUGGGGAGGAGCAUGGCCGCCGUCCCCGACGUGCCCGAGGUGGCGAUGGCGGACGCUGGUGAGGAGGAGCAGAAGGAGCAGCAGCAGGCCGCGACGUCACAACAACCGCCUGCGGCGCAAAGUGGAGGUGGUGGUGGAAAGAAGAAGAAGAAGGGCAAGAAAUGA